AUGGGGCUCUUUGACAGAGGUGUUCAGAUGCUUUUAACCACCGUUGGUGCUUUCGCUGCCUUCAGCCUCAUGACCAUAGCUGUGGGAACCGAUUACUGGCUUUACUCCAGAGGGGUUUGCAAGAUGAAAGGAACCGGAGAGAAUGAAACCAGCAAAAAGAAUGAAGAAGUCAUGACCCAUUCUGGAUUAUGGAGAACCUGCUGCUUGGAAGGGAAUUUUAAAGGUCUGUGUAAGCAAAUCGAUCACUUCCUUGAGGACACAGAGUAUGAAGCCGACACAGCAGAAUAUUUCCUCCGGGCUGUAAGAGCCUCUAGUAUUUUUCCGAUCCUGAGUGUGAUUCUGCUUUUUAUGGGUGGACUCUGCAUUGCAGCCAGCGAGUUCUACAAAACCCGACAUAACAUCAUCCUUAGUGCCGGCAUUUUCUUCGUGUCUGCAGGUCUGAGUAAUAUUAUUGGCAUCAUUGUGUACAUAUCAGCCAAUGCUGGAGAUCCCUCAAAAAGUGACUCCAAGAAGAACAGUUACUCUUACGGAUGGUCCUUCUACUUUGGGGCCUUGUCCUUUAUUAUAGCUGAGAUGGUUGGAGUGCUGGCUGUACACAUGUUCAUUGACCGGCACAAACAGCUGCGUGCCAGCACUCACACCACGGACUACCUCCAGUCCUCUGCCAUCACCCGCAUACCCAGCUAUCGCUACCGCUACCAGAGACGCAGUCGUUCCAGUUCCCGUUCCACUGAGCCUUCACACUCCAGGGAUGCCUCUCCCGUUGGGAUCAAAGGGUUCAACACCCUCCCAUCUACGGAAAUCUCGAUGUAUACCCUGACCAGGGACCCCCUGAAGGCUGCUACUACCCCCACCGCCACCUACAAUUCAGACAGGGAUAACAGCUUCCUCCAGGUUCACAACUGUAUCCAGAAAGAAAACAAAGACUCUCUCCAUACUAACACAGCCAACCGCCGGACCACCCCUGUAUGAAGCUAUCACGAGGGGCUGAAACCGGGGGACAGGGAAGGUGGGAGAAGGACUUGGGGGCAGGAGGAGGAAUGGCGGGGAGGCCAAUAGGGGCAAGGAGAAAGCAACCAUAGGAACCUUCCAAAAGCAAAAAACAACAACAAACUUAAGUGAAACAUCCAAAAAGAAAGAAAAAAGUUAAAAAAAAAAGAAAAAAAGAAAAAAGUUAAAAAAAAUCAAGAGAAAGAAAUUUAAAAAUAGAAAAAAUAGAAAAUAAAUUUAAAAGAAAAUGCAUGAUUUCCCAUGUACCAUUAUUUUAACAUUUAAUAAAAGCAGAUUUAAAAAAGGAA